GUGGCCGUUCCACGGCGCUGGCGAGUCUGGGACUAGGGCUGGAGAGAUCGCCGGUGAGCAUCGUCACCACUCCAGCACCGAGCCUCGUCUGGCCGAACACUGCGCCGUGCACUCGUCGGGAUUGCACAACAUUCCUGAGAAAUAUACCUGCUAUUUAUGGCAUGUGGCUGGUAACUUUAUUCCUGCUGUACUCUUUCCAAGAAGUGAACAGUGAGGAUGUGGUCUCGACGCGGCUGUACUUUGUAAACGCCUCCCUGCAGCGGGUGACCUUCUCCAGCUCGGUCGGGGUGUCCCUGCCCUGCCCUGCGGGCGGCGCACCCCAUGCCGUCCUGCGCUGGUACCUGGCCACCGGCGACGACAUCUACGAUGUGCCCCACAUCCGCCACGUGCACGCCAACGGCACCCUCCAGCUCUACCCUUUCUCGCCCUCCGCCUUCAACAGCUACAUCCAUGACAACGACUACUUCUGCACCGCAGAGAACCAGGCCGGCAAGAUCCGCAGCCCCAACAUCCGCAUCAAAGCAGUGUUCAGGGAGCCCUAUACGGUUCGGGUGGCAGACCAGCGGUCCAUGCGGGGCAACGUGGCCGUGUUCAAGUGCCUCAUCCCCUCGGCCGUGCAGGAGUACGUCAGCGUGGUGUCCUGGGAGAAAGACACUGUCUCCAUGGUGCCAGGGAACCGUUUUUUCCUGACGUCGUUCGGGGCCCUGUACAUAUCAGAGGUCCAGAAGGAAGAUGCCCUGUCCACCUACCGCUGCAUCACCAAGCACAAAUACAGUGGAGAGACUCGCCAGAGCAAUGGAGCCAGGCUGUCUGUUAUGGACCCUACGGAGUCCACCCCCUCAGUGUUGGACAGUUUCCAGUCCGGAGAGGUCCAGGUGGGGCAUAAUGUGGAGCUGCCCUGCAUCGCCUCGGGCUACCCCAACCCCACCAUCCGCUGGCUGAAGGACGGGCGCCCGCUGCCCGCCGACUCCCGCUGGACGCGCCGUCUCACGGGCCUGACGGUCAGCGACCUGCGUCUGGGCGACAGCGGCAACUACAUCUGUGAGGUCACCAACAGCUUCGGCUCUAAAGAGGUGACCGGUCAUCUCAACGUCAUCGAGCCGUUGAGAGUGACUUUGUCUCCUAAGAACCUGAAGACGGGCAUCAGCAGCACGGUGAUUCUGUCGUGUUCCGUGCAGGGUUCUCCCCACUUCACCCUGUCCUGGUACCGCAACACAGAACCCGUCCUCCCCGACCAGCACUUCUCCAUCCAGGGGGCCCACAAUGAAACCCUGUUCAUCUCCGCUGCCCAGAAGAGACAUUCGGGAGCCUACCAGUGCUUCGCCACCCGCAAGGGCCAGACAGCACAGGACUUCUCCAUCAUACUGCUGGAGGAUGGUACGCCCCGUAUCGUGUCCUCCUUCAGUGAGCGAGUGGUGGUCCCAGGGGAACCCUUCUCCCUCAUGUGUGCUGCCAAAGGCGCCCCUCCCCCCACCAUCACCUGGACUCUGGAUGAUGAGGCUGUGGCCAGGGACCCAUCUCGGGUGAGGGCCAGCCAGUACACGCUGUCGGACGGCUCCACCGUGUCCCACGUCAACGUUAGCAGCCCGGAGAUCCGCGACGGAGGGGUGUAUCGCUGCGCCGCACGCAACUCGGCCGGUAGCGCCGAGUACCAAGCGCGCAUAAACGUAAGAGGUUCUCCAAGGAUCAGGGAUAUGCGUAACAUCACAGCGGUGGCUGGGAGGAACACCUUUAUAAACUGCCGUGUGAUUGGCUAUCCCUACUACUCAAUCAAGUGGUACAAGGAGGGGCUUCUGCUGCCCGACAACCAUCGUCAGGUGGUGUAUGAGAAUGGUACUCUGAAGCUAAGUGACGUCCAGAAGGUGUUGGACGAGGGGGCGUACCUCUGCAGCGUGCUCAUCCAACCACAGAUCUUCAUCAGUCAGACCGUCUACGUCCAAGUCAAAGUGCCCCCUCUGAUCCAACCCUUUGACUUCCCCCCCACCUCCAUUGGGAAGCUCAUGUACAUCGCCUGCGUGGUGUCGUCUGGCGACAUGCCCAUCCACAUCACCUGGCGUAAGGACGGCCAGGAGGUCGCGCCCUCGUCCGGCGUCAACAUCGAGACCAAGGAGUACAUGAGCUCGCUGCAGAUCGGCAAGGUGUCGCUCAAGCACAACGGCAACUACACCUGCAUCGCUAGCAACGACGCCGCCACCGUCAGCUCUGAGAGGCAGCUCACUGUCACAGUGCCUCCUCAGUUUGUGGUCCAGCCCAAUAACCAGGAUGGGAUCUACGGCAAGGCGGGGGUCCUCAACUGCUCCGUGGACGGAUACCCUCCUCCCAAAGUCAUGUGGAAGCACGCCAAAGGUACAGGGAACCCCCAACAGUACCACCCAGUGCCUCUGACCGGUCGGAUCCAGAUCAUGGGGAACGGCUCCCUGCUGAUUCGUCACGUCCUGGAGGAGGACCGGGGCUACUACCUGUGCCAGGCCUCCAACGGGGUGGGCUCCGACAUCAGCAAGAGCAUGAUCCUGACCGUCAAGAUCCCAGCAAUGAUCACGUCGCACCCCAACACCACCAUGGCCAUUAAGGGGCAGAUUAAGGAGCUGAACUGCACGGCGAGGGGGGAAUGGCCUAUCAUCAUCCGUUGGGAGCGCGGUGACACGGUCAUCGACCCCGACCGUAACCCUCGCUACGCCAUCACCACCAGCCCCAACGAGAAGAGUGACGAAGUAUUGUCUACGCUGAAGCUGAAGCCAGCAGAACGUGGUGACUCGGUCUUCUUCUCCUGCCAUGCCAUCAACUCCUAUGGAGAGGGACGGGGACUCAUCCAGCUCACUGUGCAAGAGCCCCCAGACCCUCCAGAGUUGGAGGUGAGGGAGGUGAAGGAUCGGAGUAUGAACCUGCGCUGGACCCAGAGAUUUGACGGCAACAGCAUCAUCACCAGCUACGACAUUGAGUACAAGAACAAGACCGAUCCAUGGGAGUUGAAGCAUGCCACUCGUAAGAUCUCUCCCACCAAUAACCAGGCCAACAUCGUGGAUUUACACCCUGCCCAAGUCUACAGCAUCCGCAUGUUCUCCUACAACAAGAUUGGACACAGUCAAGCCAGCAAGGAGCUCACCAUCAGCACCGAGGAAGCGCAGCCCGAUGGUCCACCUAUGGAGGUUUUCCUCCAGCCUAUGACCUCGCAGAGCAUCCGCGUCACCUGGAAGGCCCCUAGGAAGGAGCUUCAGAACGGGGUGAUCCGGGGUUACCAGAUUGGUUACCGUGAGAACGGGCCGGGCAGUAACGGCCAGUACAGUAUCGUUGAGAUGAAGGCUACAGGGGACAGUGAGGUGUACACCCUGGACAACCUGAAGAAGUUUGCCCAAUAUGGAGUGGUGGUCCAGGCCUUCAACAGGGCCGGCACAGGCCCCUCCAGCUCUGAGAUCAACGCUACCACACUGGAAGAUGUGCCCAGCCAGCCGCCCCAGACCGUGCGGGCCAUCUCGGUGACAUCCGACGAGGCAGUGAUCACCUGGGCAGAGCCCCCGCGUCUGACACUGCACGGCGUGCUGAAGGGUUACCGUGUGGUCUUCUGGUCCCUCUUCCCCGACGGAGAGUGGGGAGAGAUGCAGAACAUCACGACAACCCGUGAGCAGGUGGAGCUGAGAGGGCUGGAGAAGUUCACUAACUACAGUGUGCAGGUGCUGGCCUACACCCAGGCUGGGGACGGGGUCAGGAGCAAUGUGCUGUACAUCCAGACCCGCGAGGACCACCCUGGCCCCCCAGCUGGCAUCAAAGCUGUGCCCUCAUCCACCAGCAGUGUGGUGGUUUCCUGGCUACCCCCGCACAAGCCCAAUGGAAUCAUCCGCAAGUACACCAUCUACUGCUCCAGCCCCGGAUCAGGCCAACCAGCCCCCAGUGAGUACGAGGCCAACCCCGAGCUGCUGUACUACCGGGUCACCCACCUGAACCGCGGACAGCAGUACCUCAUCUGGGCCGCCGCCGUCACCACCGCCGGACGGGGAAACAUCAGCGACAAGGUCACUGUGGAGCCUGCUGGGAAGGCACCAGCUAAGAUCCUAUCGUUCGGAGGUACAGUGACCACUCCCUGGAUGAAGGAGGUGAGGCUACCCUGCAGCUCAGUGGGCGAACCCAACCCCACCAUCAAAUGGACUAAAGACAGUGAGGACACGGCCAUCCCAGUGACUCUGGACGGUCAGAGGCUCAUCAUGGCCAAUGGCACGCUGGUCCUGCGCUCGGUGAAGGCUGAGGAUUCUGGGUACUACACGUGCACGGCCACCAACACGCUGGGCUUUGACACCAUCAUAGUCAACCUGCUGGUGCAAGUUCCUCCGGACCAGCCCCGUCUGACUGUCUCCACCACCUCCCCCACCUCUAUCACCCUGGCCUGGAUCCCCGGGGACAACGGAGGAUCCUCCAUCAGAGGUUUCGUGCUGCAGUACUCGGUGGACAACAUGGAGGGGUGGAGGGAUGUGUUCAUCAGUUCCAGUGAGAGGUCCUUCAAGCUGGACAACCUGCGCUGUGGCACCUGGUACAAGGUCAAACUGGCCGCCAAGAACAGCGUGGGAGCGGGACGCAUCAGUGAAAUCAUCGAGGCUAAGACCCACGGACGAGAGCCCCAGUUCAAUAAAGAACAGCCGGUGUUCACCCACGUCAACUCUACCCACGCCCGGCUCAACCUGCAGGGCUGGGCGAGCGGUGGCUGCCCCAUCACGGCCGUGCUGCUGGAGUUCAGACCUAAGGGGAACUGGGCGUGGCAGAACGUGCGCACCAACGCCACGGCCGACGUGUUCCUGGCUGAGCUCCGCGAGGCCACCUGGUACGAGCUGAAGAUGAAGGCGUGUAACAGCGCCGGCUGCGGGAACCAGAGCUCUCAGUUCGCCACGCUGGUCUACGACGGCAGUACCAUCCCUCCCAUCAAGUCAGCGCGGCCGGAGGGCGACGACGUUAAGAAGCUCUUCUCCAUCGGCUGCCCCGUCAUCCUGGUCACUCUGGUCCUCGCCCUGCUCUUCAUCAUCCGCAAGAAACGCAAAGAGAAGAGACUGAAGAGACUGAGAGAUGCCAAAAGCCUGGCUGAGAUGUUGAUCAGCAGUAAGAAUAACCGGAGCUUUGACACCCCUGUGAAAGGGCCCCCCCAGGGCCCCCGACUCCACAUCGAUAUCCCCAGAGUCCAGCUGCUCAUCGAGGACAAGGAAGGCAUCAAACAGAUCGGUGAAGACAAAGCCACCAUCCCAGUGACGGACACAGAGUUCAGCCAGAAUGUGAAUCCACAGAGCUUCUGUACGGGCGUGUCUGUGCAUCACCCCGCCCUCAUCCAGAACACCGGCCCUCUGAUUGACAUGUCCGAUAUCAGACCAGGGACCAACCCGGUGUCGAGGAAGAGCGUGAAGUCGGCCCACAGUACGAGGAACCGCUACUCCAGCCAGUGGACCUUGACCAAGUGCCAGUCGUCUACGCCCGCCCGUACCCUCACCUCCGACUGGCGCACCGUGGGCUCCCAGCAUGGCAUCACCGUCACCGAGAGCGACAGCUACAGCGCCAGCCUCUCACAGGACACGGAUAAGGGGCGUAACAGCAUGGUGUCCACAGAGAGCGCGUCCUCCACCUACGAGGAGCUGGCGCGGGCCUACGAACACGCCAAGCUUGAGGAGCACCUGCAACACGCCAAGUUUGAGAUCACCGAGUGCUUCAUCUCCGACAGUUCCUCAGACCAGAUGACCACGGGCACCAACGACAACGGCGACAGCAUGACCUCCAUGAGCACGCCAUCCGAGACGGGCCUGUGUCGCUUCACCGCCUCGCCACCCAAACCCCAGGAAUACGACCGCGGAAGACCUACCAACGUAGCCGUGCCAAUCCCCCACCGCGCCAACAAGAGCGAGUGGACUGGCAAAAGUGACUACUGUAACCUUCCCCUCUACAUGAAGACAGACCCUUUCUUCCGGAAGCAGUCAGAGCUGCAUGACCCGUGCCCGGUGGUGCCGCCCCGCGAGGCCCCUAUCCGCAGCCUGGCCCAGCGGGCGUAUCACACCCAGGGCCGCCACAUGACUCUGGACUCCUCCAAGCAGCAGCAGGCUCUGACUGUGGGCCACGCAGGCCUGGCCGGCCUCAGCGCCUCAGGGGGAGCGUCAGGGGGUGGUGGUGGUGUAGGAGGGGCGACUGGAGGGCCGUCUGAUGGUUCCAGCACCACCUCCCUGUCUCAGAGGACUCUCACCAUGCCCGGUUCCUCCUCUUCCUCUGCCCAGAGCGCUGCUGCUGCCGCUACCGCCUCGGCCAGCGGGGGAGCCACGGGGGGAGACUCCAGAGACCCUCUGCUGGAGAGCAGCUCGUCAGGCCUGGGCAGACUAGAGAGACAGAAGCAGGCGGCUGGCGGGGCCUACUCGAAAUCAUAUACACUGGUGUAGCUGGAGCCACUGGUGGAGAUGUUGGAGCCUUGGGAAGGGUUAGGGGCCACACAGACACACGUACACACACCUGGCGCCUGCACUGUCAGGCCAGAGGGGCCGCUCGGCAGGGGCCAGAUUAAGGUUUUUAUAGCACAGGAGUUUGUCUUCUUUCUGCCAGUUUGUGUUUUCUCUGUCUAUCCUUUUCUCUCUCUCUGUUUCUCUCUCUCUGUUUCUCUCUCUCUCUCGUUCUCUUGCUCUCUAUAUUUUUUUAUUUGACCUUCCCUGGAAAUAACUUGCCAAACGCAACAUAAUUGUAAUAUUUCUUUCUUCAAACUUUUUUUUCCUUCUCUCUCUCUCUCUCUCUCUCUCUCUCUCUCUCUCUCUCUCUCAUAUUACUGUUAAGACACCUCAGAACUUCUGCACAAACUACAUUCCAUGUGCACUUUCUUUUCUUGAAUUCAGAACGGUAAACGAAAAGAACCAAUAUAUUUAGAGUUUCACAUGAACCUGUCUAGAUGUUUUUAGGCUGUUUUACGUGUUCCUUUCUCAUGUCUCUGAACAGAGAGUUCAGAGUUCAUACGAGCAGCGCAUUGCCACGGAAAGUGCUUCUGCAUAAACCAGCAACCUUGUUGUCUGUCUCUGGUCCUCCAAAGCCAUCCUGGUAGGGACUCACACAAACAGGCAACAGACUGUGUUUUCAACGACGAUGUUGGAGGAGUCUCGGGGGAUCCCCCCCCCCACGCAAUUCAUGACACGGUAUAGAGUGUUGAUGACUCUUUUAUAGGACACCAGGAAACAGAGAGAGGGGGGAAAAACUGGAAUCGUCUUCACACGAAAGAUGAAUCUGAACAGUUUUAUUUCAUUUUAUUUGUUUUUUUUUCUCUUCCUCUUUUGGAAUAUAUAUAUAUACUCAUGUGCAUUAAGAGGGUAGAAGGGGUUCAUCGAACCUUCACGAGCCUGCGUGUGUGCGUGUAUAUGUGUAGAUAUGUAUACAUGUGGCUGGCACACACCUGCAGUGGACCUUUCUAAUCAAUCUGUAUGCUGACUCCUUGGCGGAGGCGCGAGUUUAAAAAAAAAAACGUCCAUCUGCUACCGACAGUGUUUUGGGGACGAUGAGGUCACGCUUUACGACGUCACAUGUCGGUCUCUCCCUUCUGGACUUUGGUUGGCCCGGUGUGUUUGACACCGGCAGCAUCGCCUUGGAGACGAUGAGUUGAUUUUGCCGUGCAUUAGAGGUGCCACCUCUCCUCUUGGUCCUCUCUCUCUCGUUCUCUCCGUCCCUCUGAGGCAGGGAGAAGACCCUUUAUUCUGUCGUUAACUUGCGCUUGGUGCCAGACACCCCCAUUCCUUCAUACUACCCCUCGGUCGACCCAAACCCCUGUAACCCUUCCCCACCACCCCACCACCCCACACCCCCGCCCUCCAUACCCCACCCCACCCCAUACAGUCUCACUGUGACCUUCUAGCACACUCUGCUAGGCAGACGGACAUUUAUGACAAUAGUUGGGACUGACUGACCAAUGGACUGCAGGACGACAGAAGGACUGACUGGUAAAAGAUGAAACGGACCACAAGAUGGAUGGAUGAACACGUUUCUGAUUGAAACAGAGGUGAAUAUACAAACAUGAUAAUGCAGCGAGGAGCAUUGAUUUGCAGGGAGAGAUGGAAAGAUGAGGCCGACCAAAGAGUCGUAAGUGUUUAGGGAAGGAUGAAAGAGAUGGCAGGUGAACAUGAGUUGUUCUUAUGAAAUAAAGUGGUCUCAAGAAUAAAUAUGUUGUCUAUAAGCCCCCCCCUCCAUCCCACUAAAAUGUAUUUCAACUUAUUGUCGGGUUCUGUUGACGUUUCUCUAUAUAUUUACAUUAUUCAUUAUAAACCCAAAGCUUAGCCCCAUGACAAAGAAACGUCCCAAAAAAAAAAAAAAAUUGCUCACAAUAUUUGCAAUGGAACAUUUCAAAUCAGGGCUCUCACAAUAUAUAUAUAUAAAAAAAUAUAUAUACAAUAUUUGUUGUCAAAGAUAUGUACAUAUAUAUUUAUAUCUAAAUAUAAAGCAAAUAUAUAACUAUUGAAUGAAGCAGAGAGAUAUGAAGUCAUCGUAAUUAAAAAAAGAUAUAGGAAAAUAUAAAAAGUGAGACAAUCGCUCAGUUGGAAGAAGCCGUCGGUUAGGAGGAAGAGGAGAAAGUAGGCUGAAGAAGGAGGAAUGGCUAGCACAACCAAGAAAGCUAUAGAUGGACGAAAUGGAGAGCGGGCUACUGUAUCUGAGGCCGAGUUUGGGAAUGUGAACAUUGAUGUGAACAGGAGCACAACCACACCGAACAUGCCAUUCAGGAUGCAAAGUGUCUAAGUAGUUAAUGAUGGGUAGGACCUUAAGCCAGUGAGGUCCGUUGCAAACUAAUGCUGUCGAUUUAGCGUUUUGUAAUGGUCAGAAUGGCUUGUGGUCUGUGAACCCAAUGGCAGCCAGUGUGGUUACUGUGUCUAAUAACAUCAGACCUGUGGUUGAUUUGGUUUGGAGUUGCCCCUGUGGUCCACUGUGGUGGAGAAUAGACACUGCUGUAGUUUUGUGAUCGGAAUGUUUUUUUGUGAUCGGUGAGGUAAAGUGUGUUCAUUGCCCUCAGCACAACCCUCUUUUUAAUUGUACUUGUGGAAAGGGUGAGGGACAUCACUGACAUGAGAAAGGAAGAUUUCAGGGAACCCCUAAUCGUUUAUAAGUACUUGUACUGGAUAGUUAGUGCGUAGCAGCUUCAGCACUGAGUCACUUAGCUGAGGCAACAUCCACUGUUGAUUUCAGCUCAGAGCCCAACCCUGGCACGCCUAACCCUGGCACAUGGGGAUUCAGGUAACUGUGGUGGGCAAUGCCAAGGCACCAACCCACCUUCUUAUUGUCUACGUCCCCAAAUCUAAGGCCAACUUAGAAGCAUGGCCCUACUUCAGGUGUUACGAGAGUACAAAGGGUGGAACCAAAUGUAACCUGUUGUAUUGCACCUUCCGAAGGUGUGUUCGUGUUGACACCCCCCAUGACGUCUCAUGACUGAACUUAGUGAAGACGGCACAUAGUGACCUCUGUGUUUUGCCGUUGUCAUUAUGUCCCUGCACAGUAUUCCUAUUCAGGACAUACAUAUAACUGUUAUAACUGCUCAUAACUGAGAACAUUCACGCUCCCUGCCUGUUGCAGACAGGAACAGGACAGGGAGCAUUUGCAGAGAGAAGACUCUUUCCUUUCCGUUGAUAUUAUUAUGGUACUGUUUAUUUUUGCUUUGGCUUCCUUGGUUAUGCAAUGAUCUUGAAACGGUUCGAGACACACAGUGGUGCCACGUGAAGUGGCAGGCCUGUCUAGCCAAUUGAAAUCAGGGACUCCCUAUCUCCAACCAAUCACAGGAAAAACUGUGUGUAUAUUGGGCGGGGUCAGGAAUCAAACUCUCCCCAAUCUACCCUAACUUUUGCCCCACCUAUUUGACUAAUCAGACCGACAUUUACACCUGGUAAUAACAUGUGUCCUGUGAUCAGAUUUGUCUCAAAAUGUCUACUCCAGCCCAAUUUGAUCGGGUAUGACUGGACGUGACCAAAGAUCCAUUCCCAGGACACAUGUUGAUACCAGGACUAAAGGGGGUCUCAGAAUCCCCCCCCCCUGCACCUCCUGCCACAACAGCAUCGCUACCCCACUAUUAAAGACUCUUGUACAUAGCAAAGUGUUUUGUAUAAAUACGUACUAUUUUCAACAUCUCCAGAUGAAACCAGGGCACAAUGUAAACUUUGAUUUAAAGUUAUAACUUGAAACAGGAGAGGGUUAAAGAAAACAACUAUAGAAUUAUAGCCCCACUGCUUACAAUUAGAGUUUUGAAUGAGGCAACAAACAGGACAAUAGAGUGGACCACAUACGGCUUUCACUAUCGGUUCCUUUUUUUUCCAAGAGGUUUUGUUGAGUUCAUUUUUGGGGGCCAUUGAUUGCUUUGUAUUGAUUUUCUUUCUUGUAGUAUUUUUUCUUUUGUAUUUCUUUUGAGGAGAAACGGCAUUGCAUGCUCUGAAUAUUUUGCUGGUUAUAAAAAGGACAAUGGAGAAACAAACAGGAGAAAGGGGUGAGGGGGGGGGGAGCAUUCCUAAACUUUUAUGGAAAAGUUGCUUCAAUUUGCAAUUGCUUGUUUAACUCUACCGUUUUUUUUUCUAUGAAAACAAACAAAACCAGAAAAAGAGUACUCCAACACCUUGUGCAAUAAAGCUAUCUUUCUAUGA